AUGGCUCCUCCCAAGAAAGAUGCAUUUGCUGAUCUAUUUCAAUCAGCCACCACCACAAGUGGUACUCCUAAAGUGAAUACCUUGUCAAUGCAAGAAAGACAAAAGUUACAAUCAGGGAAUGGCAAUGGUAAUGGAUAUCAUUAUCAAAACAACACGUCAUCAUAUUCUAACCUAGAUAUAUUGUCAUCAUCCAAUUCAAGAAUUUCCUCUCCAGCCCCAUCAAUAAAUACGAAACCAAUCAUACCAACAUCAGCCACCACUUUGAAUCCUAGAACUAAUAUAUCUAACUUCAAUUCUCCUUCGUCAUUUGCAUCUUCUACUUCUUCCAUAGGUUCAAAUCAACCAAUUCAUCCUCCAAGUAUUGAUAAUGAUCCAUUUGAUAUCUUCUUUAAGAAUGAUAAUAAAAGCAAUGUUCAAUCACCAUCACAACCAACACAACAGAAGCCUGUGGCGAAUAAAGUUGUGAAUGACUUUAACAACAUCUCAUUGUUGGAUGAUGAUUUCACAGAUGCAUUUGAACCAGCCCCACCUCCAAAACAAGUCAAACCACCUACACCAGUCACCCCUCCUCAACCAAGAAGACCAAUUCCAGAAAGACCAACAUCAGCCACUGCUAAAAAGGAUGGUGUUAUUGCUGAAUUGAUCGAUAUUGGAUUUUCCAUUGAUGAUGCCAAUGAAGCCAUUCGAGAAAUGGGUCCUGAUUUACAAUUAUGUGUAAAUUAUAUCAUGAAUAAAAAUUCUAAACCUAACAGUCAAAGAAAUUCUCCUGCACCUGCUCCAAUUAAAACUAAUCAUCAAUUGCCUAGUAGACAACAAUAUGCUGAAGACUAUGCUGGGAUCAAUUUCAAUGGUAUUGGUCAAGAUUUAUUUAAUAAAGCAAAUAAACUUAAAAAAUCAGUCAUUCAUAAUAUUGGGAAACAAUUACAGAAUGGUAAUGGUGGAUCAAGCUCAGGAUCCGGUUCAAAUAUACCACAGUGGAUGAAAGAUCAAGAUAAAUAUAAAGCAGAUGCUAUUGAGAAGAAAUUUGAUGGUACUGAAGAUUAUGGAUCUGAUGCGGAUAAUAUUAAUCAAGAUGAUAUUGAUCAAUUCAUGAGAUUACAACGUGAAAAGGAUAAAGAGAGAAGAAGAACAAGAUUGGAAAAUGCCUAUAAUAAAGCAACUGGUUCUCCUAAAGAAAGUUCCCCUGCUCCACCUGAACCAAGGUUACCUCAAAGAAGACCACAACGUCAGCCACAAACCGCACCACAACAACCAAAACCAAUUAUACCUGAAGUACCAAGACGUUCUUCUCCAUUAAAGCGUCCUCAAGAUAUUCCUACCAGAAAUACUGACAGCGAAAGAACUCCAACUACUCCUAAAGUUCAGCCACCUGCUCCUAAAAUUCAAGUUCAACCUCCAAAAGAAGUUGAUUUAUUAGGAUUAUCAUCAUCUGCAGCAACUUCUUCUCCUAAUCCGUCAUUGAGAAGUGCUACUCCAUUAAAUCAAUUCCAAGCUGUUGAUUAUACCACUUCAAAAACCACUGCUACUGAAGCAUUCAAAUCAGGUGAUUAUGAUAAAGCAUUAGAAUUUUAUAGUAAAUGUAUCAAUAGCUUACCUGAAAAGCAUGAGAAUAGAGUGAUUAUCUAUUCUAACUUAGGUAAUGUUUAUAAAUUACUUGGAUCAUUGAAGAAAAGUUUAGAAAGUGUUGAAUCUGGAUUGAUUUUAAUUGAUAUUAAAGAAGUUAACUCUAAUCAAUUUGAAAUCGAUGGUAAACCUAUUAAAUAUUGGUUUAUGAAGUUAAUAUUGAUUAAAGCUGAGAUUCUUGAAUUAUUAGAGAAGUUUGAAUCAAGUUUAGAUAAUUAUAAGAUUUUAUUAUCCUUAAAUAUCCACGAUAAAAAGAUUAUUGAUGCUAAGAAUAGAUUAGAUAGAAUCGUCAAUCCCCAAGUCUCAAGACCAUCUUCAAGUAUCAGCAAUAGACCACCACCAUCUAAAUCUACACCAUCACCUCCUGUUCAAUCAAGACCUCCAUCAUCAUUGUCAUCAAGGCCUGUUAAGAAAAUCCAAGAUGAUGAAGUUGAUCCAUUAUUAAAAGAACAAAUUGAUAUUAAAAUUAAAUCAUGGUUACAAGGUAAGAACUUCCGUGAAGUUUUAAUCACUAUAGAUCAAAUCAUUCCUGAUAAAAUUAAAGUUAAAAAGGUUCAACAAAGUGAUAUAGUUUUAAAUAAUAAAGUUAAACUCAAUUAUUUAAAAAUCAUCUCAACUAUUCAUCCUGAUAAAACCCAAGUUCAAGCUAAAGAUGAUAUUAAAACUCAAUUGGUAUGUAAUGGUGUUUUCAUUGCAUUAAAUCAUAUGUGGGAAACUUUCAAGGUAGAAAAUAAUAUUUAA